AUGUCUACUGAUGAGUUUAGCUGUUCCAUUUGUCUAGACCUGCUGAGGGAUCCGGUGACUAUUCCAUGUGGACACAGUUUCUGCAUGAGCUGCAUUACAGGCUGCUGGGAUGAAGAAGACAAAAAAGGUGUUCACAGCUGCCCCCAGUGCAGACAGACCUUCACCCCGAGACCUACACUGGGUAGAAACACAAUGAUAGCUGAAGUUGUGAGGAAAAUGAAGGACACAAAACUUCAACCUGAACGUAAGAUGUCCUCGUUUGCUGGACCGUCUGAUGUAGGGUGUGAUUUCUGCACUGGGAAGAAGCACAAAGCCAUCAAGUCGUGUCUGACAUGCUUGGGUUCUUACUGUGAGACUCAUGUCCAGUCUCACUAUGAGGUUCCCUGUUUGAUGAAGCACGUGCUGGUUAAUGUCACGAAGAUACAAGAUCGAAUCUGCUCUCAGCACAACAGGAUGAUUGAGGUGUUCUGUCGCACGGACGAGAAACUCAUCUGUUUGCUCUGUUCAAUGGACAACCACAGUGGGCACAAAACGGUGUCCACUACUGCAGAAAAAGCUGAAAAGCAGAAAAUCUUAGUGACUAAGAAAAAGGAAAUCCCAGAGGAAAUCCAGAGGAGGACGAAUAAGGUGGAGGCUGUGAAAAAGGCUUUAAAAGACUUGCAGGCCUCAGCACAGGAUGCUGUUAAUGAAACUGAUCGGAUUUUCAAAGAGCUGAUCAACUUCUUGGAGCAAAAAUGUUCUGAGGUGAAAAAGUCCAUCAGAGCCCAGGAGAGGGCAGAGGAGAGUCGAGCUGGAGGACUCCUGAAGCAGCUGGAUGUGGAGAUCACUCAACUGAAAAAUCAGGACGCUUCCAUUGGCCAGCUCCAAUCAGUAGAGGAUGCCACUGAGUUUCUACAGAGUUUCCAGACUCAUUUUGCCCCAGAGCCCAAGAUCCUUCCCAGAGUCACUUUUCAACCACAGUUUUCCUUCGAGAAUUUCAUGACAGCAGUGACUCCAUGCCUGAGGGAGAAAACAAAACAGUUUCAUCAGGAAAUAUUGAAUGUCACAGGCUUCAUGGCUGGGGAUGAGGUCAAACUGAAGGCCCCUGAGACCAUCACCAGGAUUUGUCAGACGUAUUGCUAUCGGAUUGAAGAUAGUUACAGACAUGGUUAUCGCAAACAAGAGUGUGGGACCCAGUAUGAUGUCACUGUCAGUGGUGUGGGUGUAGUACAAGGUGCUGCAUCGCCAGGUACCAUGACUGUUAACUUCCCUGAGAAUCCAGCUUGGAUGGGGAGUUCAUCACAGCUGGACCUGGUCCUCACAAUAUGA